AGCGCAGCAGCGGCUCCCUUCCGUCCAAAGAUCUUAUAGCAGAUAAUCUUUGCUUCCGUCGGCGGCGGGCGGGUGGGUGUCACCGAUGACUUCCUUCCCCCUCCCCCUCCUUCCGCUCCGUUGGUUCCGAGGCUGCGGGCCACCCGUCCCCACGCUGUGCGAGGGAAGGAGAUUGGCGGGGAACGCGCGGCCCCGGACUCCGGCGCGGCCGUGGUGCGAGUGAUGUCCGUGCGGGGUUGAGACACGGAGCAGCUUCCCUCCCUCCCCCGGCCCCCUCCCACUGUCACCCUCAGGCGAUCGUGUGAAAUAUUACUGAGAUAUUACGGACGCUGCGGCCACUAACAACUCCCCCUCCCUCCCUCCCUCCGUCUGUCUGUCUCUUCCGUUCGCUGUUGUAAGAUGGCGGAGCGAUCGGCGCUGGAGGCGAGGAGCCUGGUGUCACACCCGGCCGGCUGGCAGUCCCUCCUGUCCUUCACUGUCCUCUUCCUGGCCUGGCUGGCCGGCUUCAGCUCCAGACUAUUCGCCGUCAUCCGCUUCGAGAGCAUCAUCCACGAGUUUGACCCGUGGUUUAAUUACCGAUCUACACAUUAUCUUGCAUCCCAUGGAUUCUAUGAUUUUCUAAAUUGGUUUGAUGAAAGAGCAUGGUAUCCUCUAGGAAGAAUAGUUGGAGGAACGGUGUAUCCUGGUUUGAUGGUCACAGCAGGCUGCAUUCAUUGGAUUUUGAACACGCUUCAUAUAACAGUCCACAUACGGGAUGUCUGCGUCUUUCUCGCACCUGUGUUCAGUGGUCUUACGUCAAUAUCAACUUUUCUCCUCACAAAAGAGUUGUGGAACCAGGGGGCUGGACUACUUGCUGCCUGUUUCAUCGCCAUAGUGCCAGGCUAUAUAUCUCGAUCGGUAGCAGGCUCGUUUGACAAUGAAGGAAUAGCAAUUUUUGCAUUACAGUUUACAUAUUACCUGUGGGUCAAAUCUGUGAAAACGGGAUCUGUUUUCUGGACUAUAUGUUGCUGCUUGUCAUACUUUUACAUGGUAUCAGCAUGGGGUGGAUAUGUGUUCAUCAUCAACCUUAUCCCACUACAUGUAUUUGUAUUGCUACUGAUGCAGAGAUUCAGCAGAAGGGUUUAUAUAGCUUACAGCACCUUCUACAUUGUUGGCUUGAUCUUAUCAAUGCAAGUGCCAUUUGUGGGGUUUCAACCAAUCCGAACGAGUGAACACAUGGCGGCAGCAGGUGUAUUUGCCCUGCUGCAGGCCUAUGCCUUCUUGCAGUAUUUGAGAGACAAGCUGACAAAGCAGGAGUUCCAGACAUUGUUUUUCUUGGGAGUGUCUCUUGCAGCUGGAGUGGUGCUUCUAAGUGUUAUUUACUUAACUUAUACAGGAUAUAUUGCGCCAUGGAGUGGAAGAUUCUAUUCACUUUGGGAUACAGGGUAUGCAAAAAUCCACAUUCCCAUCAUUGCCUCGGUGUCUGAGCAUCAACCUACAACAUGGGUUUCCUUCUUUUUUGAUCUUCACAUACUGGUCUGCACAUUCCCAGCUGGCCUGUGGUUCUGCAUCAAAAACAUUAAUGAUGAAAGAGUGUUUGUUGCCCUUUAUGCAAUCAGUGCUGUUUAUUUUGCUGGAGUCAUGGUACGCCUGAUGCUGACUCUCACACCAGUUGUCUGCAUGCUAUCUGCCAUUGCUUUCUCCAACGUUUUUGAACACUACCUGGGUGACGACACACAGAGGGAAAAUCCACCUGUUGAAGACAGCAGCGAUGAAGAUGAUAAGAGGAAUUCUGGCAAUCUCUAUGACAAGGCGGGCAAGGUGAGAAAGCAUGUGUCUGAACAGGAGAAGACUGAAGAGGGACUCGGUCCAAAUAUCAAGAGUAUUGUUACCAUGCUGAUGCUGAUGUUAUUAAUGAUGUUUGCUGUACACUGUACCUGGGUUACAAGCAAUGCAUACUCAAGCCCCAGCGUUGUCCUGGCAUCAUACAAUCACGAUGGAACACGCAACAUCCUCGAUGACUUCCGUGAGGCAUAUUAUUGGUUGCGACAAAAUACAGAUGACCAUGUUCGAGUGAUGUCUUGGUGGGAUUACGGGUAUCAGAUUGCAGGAAUGGCGAAUCGGACAACGCUAGUAGAUAAUAACACGUGGAACAACAGCCAUAUUGCACUGGUUGGAAAAGCGAUGUCCUCCAAUGAGAGUGCUGCCUAUCAGAUAAUGCGGAGUCUGGAUGUGGACUAUGUUCUCAUUAUAUUCGGCGGAGUGAUCGGCUAUUCUGGCGAUGACAUCAACAAGUUUCUUUGGAUGGUCAGGAUAGCGGAAGGAGAACAUCCAAAAGAUAUCCGGGAAAGUGACUACUUCACACCCCAGGGUGAGUUCCGUGUCGAUAAAGCUGGCUCGCCAACAUUGUUGAACUGCCUAAUGUACAAGAUGUCCUACUACAGAUUUGGAGAGAUGCAGCUGGAUUUCAGAACACCUCCAGGGUUCGACCGCACUCGAAAUGCCGAAAUUGGUAACAAAGACAUCAAAUUCAAGCAUCUGGAAGAAGCCUUCACUUCGGAGCACUGGCUAGUGAGAAUUUACAAAGUCAAGAAGCUGGACAACAGAGAGAAACUUGACCAUAAACCAAGAGUAACUAACAUAAUACCCAAACAGAAGUAUUUAUCAAAAAAGACUUCUAAAAGAAAGCGUGGGUAUGUGAAGAACAAACUGGCACUGAAGAAAGGCAAGCGACCCAACAGGAAGACCAACUAAAUCAUCUGCCAGUCCCGACAACAGGCAGUUGUCCUAUGACAACCAGUCUUUGCCUUUUACCUGCAAUCGGAUUCAAUUGCAACACAGAGUUGCAUGCAUUGCUCAAGAGAUUUAAACAGUGUCAGCCCCGAAAAUCUAUUGGUUGUAUAUUGGCACCUGUUUUAUAGAGCCACAUUUGAUUGUGUUGGCAAGGCAGAGAGCUGCUGUCUAGGGGUAGCAGCAGAAUUAUCAUUGGUACAUAUUAUCCUUCAUUUAAUAAAAAAAAUAAAAUAAAAACGAUAAUGGGCCUACUGCACCAAAGAACCCUGCUCUUUAUUUUGCCUGUACAUGUGUACUUUCCAACCAUCUCAACGGGGCAGUGGGGAAGGGUUUGUUUUGCUAGGGUGAGGUUAAUUUUAGAUGGUGAAAACGAAUGACUUCAGAUAAGUUAAUUGUACAAGGUUGUUUGGCAUCAUCCAGACUUGUAUGGGCACAGUGUUUUUAGCUCUGUAUACUGUUGGCAAAAAAAACAAGCAUUUCCACCUGAAGGAAGAGGACGAGAGGUUAGCCAGCAUCCUCCUUCCACUUUGCCCUCCCGAUGAGAUGGACGCGUGUUUGAUUUGGGAAGGUGGGUUGUUUAGAAUUCAGCAAGAGGAUCAAAAGGAUCAGUGAAGAACUUUCCACUGCAGAAAGCCGGCAGGCACUUGUGCUUUCUUUCUUUUAGAUUAAAAAAUGAGAGGGUUUCCUCCUUGCCGCAGGCAUGUUCAUUUCGUUCCCAUUGACACACCCUUUUCUUUCUGCUUUUUCCUCAUAUUGCCUUUUAAAGAACGGUAGGCCUCUUAAUGAGAAUUAUUGACAUUUCCAGGCUGCAAAACAUUUCCAUAGAGAAAUUCAUCUUUGGUUGCUAGAUCUAAAUGUUUAUGAGAGGUUUGUGUGCCAGCUUUAUUCACCGCUGCUCAUUUGAUGUCAUUGAAGUUAGCAGUUGAUACUGGUGGGUGAUUUAGUGCAAGCAACCAAAGCCUAUUUUUCUCUCCUUUGAUUAGUUCAGGCUUAAACACGUUUCUUUGUUUUUCUAAAUAAAAUAAACUAAUAUAUUAAUCUGAGAGCAAUUCAAGAGGAUCUGUGCACUAUUGGUAAAAUCCGAGGCAGACAUAUCUUACUGUUGGGUUUUUUUGUUUUUGUCAUUUUACCUCUCUGUAGAGAAGGCCCAGUCUUGAUACAACCUUUAGAAAAAUUCCUUUACCAUAAGAUAACAAGUGAGUAAUGAAGGCUGUUGGAUGAAACUUGCUCUAAACCGUUAGUUGAUGUUCCCCCUUCUUCCCGCGAGGGUUAAAAUUGUAAUUUUCUAUGUAUGCAGCGCUCUUCAAUGCAAAAAAAUAGCUGCAAAUGCUAUUGGUGUAAAAACAAAUUAAAGAAUAGUAUGUACCGUAUUUUGGAAACAUUUGUAAAUUAAACUGUGCAGUACAUGCCUUAUUGCUGCUUCUGGAUUGUAAUUUCUUUACCAUUUUGUUUGAGUGGGUGUGGGGUUGUCUUCAUUCCCAACUUUUUUUUAACAUUUCAGACUGAUGGUUACAGUGACGUUAGUCUCUGUGGUCUAAAGUAAACUAAAAUUAUGACUGCAUUUAUUUCUUAUGGUGAGGACAAAGGCACGGGAAAGCCAUUUUUACGUAUUGCUUAGUUUUCAGUUUGAUCUGUUGUUCAACCGUAGCCAAAAUAAAUGUUAAAAUGAAA